GUCUGGUAAAUAAAAUAUAAUAAGUAUAUCUUAAAAUCUUACCAAAUCAUAAUUUAAUAAUGAACUGCUAAAAUGCAAUACGUCUCCAUUUUUUACUUAACAAUAUACUUAGUGGCAACAGUUUUUCAUAGUGUUUCCAGCAUGGAACCGAUGCUUAUUGACGAUAAAGUUAUUCUGAAACCAAUCGAACUAAUAAAUCUGUUAGCAAAGGAGAGUAAACACAAACAGGUUCUGAAGGAAAAUCGUAUUGAACGGAAGAGUCAAGGGACAUGUACAACGUAUACAACUAAGAAAGAGCCAUAUAACGAUGAUGACAUAAUGAAGAUGCACAAAGUGUGGAGCCGUUGGGGUAAAUGGGGUGAUUGCUCGGUGACGUGUGGAAAGGGCAUUAUGUCCCGAAGUCGGUUCUGCGUGUCGGGCAGAUGUGCACCCGGUGAAGUUGAAGAACAGCACCGCCCUUGUUAUAAGGGAAUUUGUACAAAUUUUGCUCGAGAUGUACACGAACAAGAUAUUUAACUAUAAUUUUAUUACUUUUAAUUUGAAGCUCUUCAUCUAUUAGUUCAUACCAUAGGUUACUUAUGUAUUUUUAAUAAAAUUAUAUAAAAUGUAAGAUACAUAUGGGAUUCAUAACUCAAAAAAAAAAAACUUCGUGAGCAUUGGUCUUAAAAAUAA